AUGUAUGUAUUUUGGAAGCUGGAAGACUACCUGUUGUAUCUGCCGGCGGGGAUGGCAGAGAGAACAGAGAGGGCUGAGAGGGUGCUGGAGGGUGUGGGUAGAAAGAGCGGAGAAAGGGGAAACGGAUACAGCGGAUACAAUGAAUACAAUGGAUACAGUGGAUAUAUCGGGCGCUGGCUGAAGCAUGUGGGAUAUAUUGGGGUCGGGAUUAUGGGGACGCUAUCGGGGGUUGGAGCAGGGAGAGCGGUGCACGAAACGUGGUUUCUGGCGGAUAAAGCGGGAUAUGGCAGGGAAUCGCGAGUUGAUCAGGCAGAAGCAGCAGGAAAUCGCGGCGGCGCAGCGGCGGGGACUUGGAGGCGGAGGUCACGUGACUCUGAGGGGAGGGAUGCAGGGAUGGAUGGAGUGGAUGAGAAGAAAAUACAGGAAAAAGGGUGGGUAUACAAAGUGGAGCAGCUUUGGGAGGAGCUUGUGGCGCUGGAGCGGCACGAGGAGUAUCUGAAAGGAGAAUUGGAGACGCAGGAGCGGAAGACGAGGGAGAUAGAGGCGGAUAAAGGUAUAAUAGGAUGGGCAAGACGUGCAGGAGGGUAUAUUUUUGGGAUUUAUUGUGGGUAUCGGAUUGUGACGAAUUUUGUGGCUCUGUGGGUGGGAUGGGGAGGACAGAAAGGAAAAAUACAAGGAAUAGCGGGAAUAGCAGGCAUGGGGGCCGAAGAAGGAGCAAGAGGAGGUCAGGAGAAAAUGAGAGGAGCUGUGGGAGUCGAGGGAGGGUGUAGGAUGUCGUCGCUUGACCCGAUCCAUGGACGAUUAGGGGGAUAUAUGACACGGUGGAACCCAAAUCUUAACUGCGAUGCAUGGAUACAGCAAAUUGCGUUUUUGGGAUCGGGAGGGAUACUCUUGGCAUCUAUACAUGGCAUUUUAGACAUUUUUCACAAGUGUAUUGAAGGGGGUUGGGGAGAGUUGAGGGGAAUUGGUGGCAUGGAGUGUAUCGAUGCUGGUGGAUGGGGAAAAAACAUAGCGAGACAUUUGCUCAGAGGGGCUCUGAUCCUCCCUGGGGAGCAAACGAUUCUAUUUUUUGCGUCAAUUGCAGGGUUCUAUGGCCUGUCGGCGGCAAUGCUUCUUCCUCCAAUGCUUCCAAUCAUGUAUGGGUAUGUAUCGAAUUCAUCAAAACACAUGGUAAACCAACAUCUCUAUAGAGAAGCGCUAGUUGCCUCUCUCGGCCUCUCGUUUGACCCAUAUCUUCUUCAAUACUGGUUUUCCCUUCUUUUUUCCAUUGCUGCACUGGUCACUAUUCUUGCAUCUAUUCUUUCCUCUUUAUUUUCUUUUGAUCUGGACGAUUCUUUUUCAGACAAACGUUAUGUCUGA